AUGCUCGAGGUCCUCAGAGUCGGUUCUCACCUCGUCCUCUUAUUCGUCCAGGCCGUUCUGCUCCAGCUGGUAUGGACCCAGCCGGCGUACCUCGACAGCCGACGGGUGCGCUGGACGAGGAUAAGCUUGCUGCCGCUGACGCUGGGCGUGCUCUUCUCCAACCACGCCGCGAUGAAAGACCACCCGGGCAUCGUCCGGCAAUUCAAGGUCAACCUGGGCUGCACGUUCGCCGGGCAGCUCUUCAAGUCCAUCCUGCUGGCCUUCACCCGGCCGAGCGCGGCUGAAGUCGCCCAGACGCGCGAGGCGCCACAGGGCCUCUCUGCCCCAGCCACCCUCGUCCAGGCCGCCUUGCUAGUCGUCAACGGGAGCUCGAAUCCAGCCAAGCAGCCCAAGCUGGUCACCGAAGGACCCAACCACACGGUCCGCGCGGACCUCGUCUUCCUACUCUCGACGAUCCGGCGGAUGCUGGUGCUCAACAGCUUCGGCCUCCUGGGCCUGUACUGCUGGAAGAGCGUGCACGACGACCGGCUCGUGGGGCGGUACCCGAUGCUGAAGCGCUACGAGGCCCAGAUGACGGCCGUAGUAUGGGGGCUGUUCUGCUGGACGGGGAUCGACCUGACGGGCUGUCUGGUCCGGCUGGCGGCGUUCGCAUCCAAGUCCGUCCACCGGCUCUUGGCCCCGGCCAUACCCUCCCACCGCCUGCCCGCUGCACCCGACUUCAGCCGGGUGGACCUCGAACAGACAUGCCCAUUCUUGUUCGCGAACUCGCCCCUCGAGGCCUCCAGCAUCUCCGCCUUCUGGGGCAGACAUUGGCACACUGUCCUCCAGGGCCUCUUCGUCGAGGCCGGCGCGGUCCCCCUCACGUCCCUCGUUCGCUGGGCCUUCGGAACCCACAAACCUCCGCCAAAGCUCCUCCGUCUCAGCGGAAUCAUCGGCGCCUUUGCGGUCUCGGCCAUCAUGCACGAAGUCGGGGUGUGGAGCGCAGGCCCAUUCGACCGCCGUCUGAGGACCUCGGUCUUUUUCCUCAGCCAGGGCGUCGCAGUGUGUCUCGAGAGCGCAUUCAAGAGUCUCUCCGGCCAGCGUGUUACCGGGCCCUUGGGCAGGAUAUGGACCUUCGCCUGGCUGAUCUUCUUCGGCACGCCCAUGAUCGACGCGUGGCUCGAGAACCUGACCUAUGACAAACAGAAAAUGUUCGAUGAAGCCGAGCGGCUCGGGUUCUGGAGGAUGCUGUUCACCCCUCUCAUCUUGCCCAAACUUAUCUUCUCUCGUGAUUGA